CCGGGUGGCGCGUCAUCGCUGCGCGCUCUGGAAGUUCGGUGGUGUCCAUGGAGUUGUUGGCCGAGUACGUCGGGCAGGACGGGCAGCGACAGCAGCUACGGGUGCCUUGUGAGGCGCCGGGCGUCGCCGACCCUUUCCAGGGCUUGUUAUCGGGCGUGGCUAAGAUGAGGGAGCUGGUGACCAACCUCCUCGGCUCCCCGGUACAGCGGGAAGCACAGGACCGGGUGGCGGCGGCUCCAGAGAAGGCGUUGGACGGUGAUGAUGAAGAUGAUGCAGAAGAUGAAAAUAACGUUGAUAACAGAACUAACUCAGAUGGACCCUCUGCAAAACGGCCAAAAACACCAACUUAACUGUAGCUUUUAUGAAAUUUAAAAGACUGCUAUGAUAUCUUAUUUAUCACACACUGACAUUUAAGGAAGACUUGUGCUCUAAUUUGGAAAGCAUUUGCUUUGUUCCCCUGGGACAGUUUUGUCAAAGAAGAAGCUUUUCGGCUGUUUCCAUCAAAGAAAGAUAGAAUAAAUGUUUAGAAAGGAAUCUUUUUUCUUGAGUGAGAAGUAAGUUUCAGACCAUGGAGAUAAAAUAGACAUUUAAUAAUGU